UGACGAAGGGCAGCCGAAAGGACACUGGAAACAACCUGAUGGAAGCUUUCAAAACAACAUGGCGCCCAAGAAGCGAGUAAAGCAACAAAGUGCUCAGAAAAACCCGACAAAGAAGUCCGAAGACCCUGACUACUUGAAAAAAGUCGACCCAAUAAUGAUGAAAAAUAUCAAACAGUUGACUGCCGGCCGAAGCAAUCUUCGCAUUUUCGUGCCAAUGUGUGGCAAGACUCCCGAUAUGCUGUGGUUAGCUGAACAGGGUCACGCGAUCACCGGUGUGGAAAUCAACGCUCGCUACAUCAAGGCUUUCUUCCGCAACGCGGAGCUAGAAUGCACUCUCCGAUCAGAACAAUUUACGCCAAGGAAGAAAGUGAACGUAUACGAAGCGAAGGGCAAGGAUAUUACUCUGUAUCAGUGUGAUAUCUUUGAUUACAACGUGGAGGUUUCAGGGCAGUUCGACGCCAUCUGGGAUCAGUCUGCCAUUCCUAUAGUCAAUGAUAUGGGGGCCAGACGACUCAAACAGUACACAAGCCUAAUGCAGGCGCUACUGAAACCUGACGGACGCCAUAUGGUAGAGGUGUGCAAACAUGGGUCGAACUUCGUGGACGAGAAGAUGCUCAAAUCAUUGUUUGGAGAUAAGAGCGAUGUUCGUUACUUAGGUAACAACCUUUCUUUCUGUCAAACUUUUAAACAUGGCAUGAAAACAUAAGCAAGCACAUACAAUUGAGAAAACAAAGAAAAAAGAAAAGGAAAAAAACAGCGUAAUAGUAUUCAAUGAAUUUGUACUUUUGUUUCGAAAUUUCAAUAGUAGUUAAAAGAUUUAUUCCCCUGAGGGUGAAGGGGUAAAGACUCUAUCCAGUCCAUCUAACCGGUAACAACUGCACACCCCAUUUUAAACAAAAUCUCAUACAAAUGUUUAGUUAUCAUUAAUUAUACAUCGACUAAGAGAGAGUUCGGGACUUAGCGAUUGGAAGCUCGACUUCUAUCACAGUUAAAAGGUUUACUCCCACUGGAGGCAAAAGGUUUAAAAUGGCAAAAUCAAAAACCGACUGGUCUUAAGUUACUGGAACUACACUAUGUGUUAUCCACCGGAUGAACGUCUACCAAAUGGAUAACGCAUUUGGUUUCCCCAAAACGUAUCUGCUGGAUAGUGCUUCACACAACCAGGCCAUUGGUAACAAGAAUUUCUUAAAAUUAACGUAUUUUAUCUUUGUUGCUGAUUUCAAUGAAACUCCCUUGAAUUUGCUUGAUUGAAAGCAGAUUAUGGUCGUUGGGGUUCAUUAGAGAGGGGGGAGGGGGUUGGGGAGGGUGCACAGGGACACCAAAUCACGCCCCGCUUUUUCAUGAUGAACGCAAGUAUUUUCCAAGUACAAUAGUUUUGCCUUUUUUUCAAAGCUGAUUAAGCGGCGACGAAUAGUUAACUUUCCAGUAAACGUUUCGCAAAAUAGGAACAAGAAUUUGGAAGUACGACCCGGAGGAAUUCGCGGAAGAGGAGUGCGACGAAGGAGAGGAGGUCACGGGACACGGACAUCACGAACACGAGCACGAAUCACACGGACACGAGGAACACGGACAUGGUGAUCACGGAGAUGAGGAAGGGGAAACGGAGAUGUUUUACCACCUGAUUACAUUCAAGUAAGACACAAGUUAAUUAUCAUUAUAACUGCAUAGACGGGGAUAGAGCUUUACCGUGGCUCAUGACCAGAUUGCAACACAGCUGUAUGUUUUGCGCUGGUCAUAUGGAAGGUCUGGGGCUCGUUUCUCGAAAGUCCCGAUAAUUAAAGGGCCCGUAAAGCUGUUUUGGUUUACAUGCAAGAUAGAGGUUUCAAUAGUCUUGCAUCUAACAUGAUAAAACUAUCAGUUAAUGAAACAGUAUGGAGUAGUUUGCUAGCCAGGACCCGCGCCUUUAUUCUUUAUAUAUCGAUUUGAAAAUUUGAUUUCGGGCCCGAAAAGUUACCGGGACUUUCGAGAAACGGGCCCCUAGGCCGAGUUUGAAAAUAGAGAGUGAGUCUGGGGGGGAGGGAGAGUUAGGCAAUGUUCACACUAUACUGGAUAGGUUUUGGCGCCGACACGAAAAGAUAUACCGGAUGGUAUGAACGGCAACGGCAACGGCAUCGGCACAGAACUGGAACAAGUCGUUCACACACAUCGAACAUCAACAUAACGGAGCGGUUGGCCGAGAGGGUUUGGCGACCUAAAUCCUAGCCACCCACGCAGACUUUCUUUGGGCUCGUCACGCAAUCCUCCUCAACGCGGGACAGGAACGCGUGCAAAUUCCUAAGACUACAGCGUCGGAGGCUACCUAAAUCCUAGUUCUAACUUCUGCAUAUUUUAUUUUUAUCUCUCUCGUUUCCAGUCUUCGCUCUAGUCUGUGUAGCUGGCGAAAUUGUUUUGCCCGGGAUACUACAGCACUCGUCCGCUAAUACCGCUAGCUACGCAGGCUAUCCUCGCUCCUAUUUAUUCACUUCCGCUAUGGUCCGACUGCACCAAAAGGGGUACAGAACCUCUCCGAUAUGUGUCGCACCACGUUAGCGAUCAGCGCAGCGCAGCUUCGCUCCGUUACUGCAGAAAUCGCGCCGCAUUUUCGUGUCGACGCAAAGUUAUCCGGUAUAGAGUAAACACAGCCUUAGACAGGAGCCCAUAAUCCGGAGGAAACAACUUCCAUGCGCUCGUGUCACGGCGUUUUCAAGGACCAGUUUAUUUUUAGAACGGUUUUGGCGCGAAUUUUUAAUACCUUUAAAAGUCCACAAGCUAGUCAGCAAAACCUACAGACCUGAAAAUGAUAUUUUUUUCCUUUUAAUGACGUUUAGUUUUCCAUUUUGAUAUCUUAUACUUCGAAUGCGCUCAUAGACAUGGUGGAGAUUCUAUUUUCACGGGGAAAAAGUGUUGUAAAAUGUGUCUAAAAAAACUGGUCCGUAAAAACGCCGUGACAUAGGCCUAGUAUGGGAGUUGCUCGCUCUGGGUUAUGAGCUCCUGCCUUAGAGACAUACCAUCUUCGAGAACAAAGCGAAUUCCAGCUAAUUUGUGUCCUGUGAUGAGACCGCGUUCGCAAAUCUCUUGGAAACCCUGAAAUUCAAGAAACAAGAUCAAACAAACAUUAGCAUACCUGGCAGAGUAGAAAUCUUCGCUUGUAACCUGUAUUAUUUAAAUGCCUGAUUUGAGGAAAAAAAAUGGCGAGAAAUCAGUACCUUUUCUAUGGCGGGAAUAAAGUUUUUGGGGAUGUUCAUUCCAACAGUAGCAUCUAGAAAUUCGAUAUCGGUGGCGGCUUCCGGCAUGGGCUGCGACAAAAAAAAGAACAUUCAGAGAAGUGAUUAGCUUCUUACGUCGCAACUUCACGGCAUACAUCUUCCAGAAUUCUACCGUACGUUAAACAAUGUGUCUCUAUAGGGGAAGCUUGGGCCUUACAGAGGAAUCGCACGUGUAUUUGAAUGAGCUGUGCGACGCUUGUUACAGUUUUUUUUUCCGAGAUCUGUCAUACGCAGGACGCCGUCUCUUUACAAACAAGUGCAUCCUCGGAGAACCAGGAGACUGGAUAGGACGGGAUGAGAUUGGGAUAUUAGGAGACGGAAUAUUUUCAGGGCAAGUUAUCGAAAGAUUUUCAGCAAGAAUUGGGGGAGCUCCCGGAUACUUACUCGUACUAUCAUCUCCUGGAAGACGAAAAUUAGCCGCUAAAAAUUUACAUUUCAUUCCUUCCAAUGAAGAUAGGUGCGAACGCUUUCAAGACUUAAGUUUUAAAAAGGUCUCCGUAAAAGCUAUUUAUGUCACCCAUUACAUAUAGCCUUUCUUUAAAAGGUCUCUUUUUAUUAACGAGCAUCCAGUUCUCCUGCGUACUUUUGUUAUUCUGUUUAUUGCUUCGUUUUAGGGAGAAGGGUGUACCAACGGAGAAAAGGAAAAGGAAGAACGAGGAAUCCGAAAAGGAGAAAAAAUCCAAGAAAAAGAAGGCUGUCGAAGAAAAGGCAAAACCGAAUAAGAAAGCCAGGAAGUAGAUGGCUAUUUUUGGCUAGAAGUGCGCAGAAGAAAAACACAGACGAAAAUAUUUCACAUGUAAGAGGCCACCCAGGAUAUUGGGACAAGUAGUCGCUUGAUAAAAGAGUUAAUAAAGGUUUGC